AAUCAAGAACGAGCGCUUGGCAGCAGCAGGGAGCAAGAUUUCUCGAGUCGCUCGAAUAUUGUAUGCGCUUCGGAACUUCGCUUGAAACUUGAAGGUCUGUUCUUAACUUCGAAUGACCAGAGACGAGAACAAACCUUGUGGAGUGUAGAAGAAUUCACACUGAUUUCCAGACAGAUAGGGAGAGAUGCAGAGAUUGAAAGCAGUGGAAGCUGUGAGGAGAUCUUCAUUUCAGCGUUUUAGCUCUUUUUCUAACCUGAAGAGAGGCUUUUCUUCUCUACCAAACUAUGCUCAAACUGAUGAUGUUUUCGACCAGAUUCUAGUGAAAGGAGGACCGAAGUCUAGAGCAGCUAUCCUCAAUAGACCAUCGGCUCUCAAUGCUCACUACUUCCAUGGUAGCCCGGCUGAACAAUCUGUAUGAAUCGUGGAGGAAAAUUCUGAUAUCGGAUUUGUCUUAAUGAAGAUGUGGACUGAUUUAUGCGUACAUUCACGGCUGUUCAACGUCGAGCACUUUCUCCGAUUUAAUUGUUAUAUUU